UGUGGGCUUACUAUUGUAUGAGGAAGAAAAGCCCAAUUACAAAUUUACAAUUCUAAUAUGGUUGAGUGAGAUUGGUGUCAAAUAGUGUUUUUGUGAAGAGAAAAAGGCGAGAUUAAGAAAAGACCAAGAUUACGAAAGAAAGAAAAAAAAAAGCAAGAAAAGCGAUGGAAAACUUGAACCAUGGUGAAUCUUCUUCCAAUGAAGAGAUUCGAAGUCGCAUAGGACUUCUUCGCAAACCUCAACUCGUUGAUCUUCUUUGUACACUAGCCUUCCAACAUCCUUCAAUCGCACAAGAAAUCAAAACUGUUACGACCGUUCAUGACGCGCCUCUCCAUCGAAAGCUUUUCGUUCGUCCCUUGUCGACCAUUACAAGCUCACAAACUUUACGUCAUGCGUUUGAAGAGUAUGGAGAAAUUGAGGAAGCGAUUGUGAUUCGUGAUAGAGUCACAAGAAUAUCCAAGAACUAUGGAUUUGUUACUUACAGAGAUAUUGAAUCAGUUCAUGAUGCAUUGAGAGAACCUAGGAAAGCUAUUGAUGGAAUAGUGACUGUAUGUGAUGUAGCUCGUGAGCGGAAAACUAGUAGUGAUCCUGAAUCUGAUUCUUCCCUGAGGAGGAAUCUUUAUGUUGGAGAUUUACCAGGAGGAGUGACAAGUGAAAAUCUGCUCAGGGAUUUUCAGAAGCAUGGUGAAAUAGAGAAAGCAGUUGUAAUUGGUAGAUAUGGAUUCGUUACAUUCGCGACAGCAGAGGCUGCAAAGAAGGCUAUAGAUUACAACACUCUUCAUCCAACAUUUGCUCAAGGGAGAAAAAGGAUUGUAAACUAUGCUCAUUGGCAGAGCAGUCGGCCGCCUUUAAGUACGAGUCCAAGUCGGGAAUACGAGCAGUCUGAAAAUGCUUAUGAUGAUUCUCCACCUCCUUAUCCAAGACUAUUCACUGCAGAUUCUCCUUAUCCUCGUGUUUAUGCAAUGACAGACAGAUUUGGGAACCAGUAUUACUAUGACUAUUCAUAUCCCUACUAAUGAAUGUAUUUAA